AUGUCAUCUGGUAGCCUGAUUAUGGAUAAGCCUUCAUCGGCAGUAUCAUUUAUACCUAUUAAGACUGAAAUGGAUCUCAGCUCGCAUGGCGGCCAAACAAAUCACUUGCAGCUGGAUAUAUGUCACCAACAACCUCAUCAAUCCUAUUCCUCCGUUACAUCAUCCACAUCAAAUGGUUGGGAUCCUACUGAACAUUUUGGCUCAUUGAAGGUUUGCUCUUAUGAGAAAUCGAGCAAUCAUAUCAAGCGUCCAAUGAACGCUUUCAUGGUUUGGUCACAAAUGGAACGUCGCAAAAUUUGCGAAACCUCACCGGAUAUGCACAAUGCGGAAAUCAGUAAAAGGCUUGGCUUACAAUGGCGUCAGCUGUCGGAUAGUGAGAAAGCACCAUAUAUUGCUGAAGCAGAACGGUUACGUGUUAUGCACAUGAAGGAAUAUCCGGAUUACAAGUAUAAGCCACGGAAGAAGCCAAAAAAGGGUGCGGAAGGACAGGUUGCUGUUUCUGUGAGUAAUUCUUGUCAUGUGCCCAGUCAGACAAUGCGACAAAAUGGCAUUACUUCAUCAAUUACUACUACUGGUCGACCGAAAACACAUAAACGCAUACUUGGUUUGCGAAUGAGUGGUCAGAGCGAAGCUCAUCAUCACUUAGCAUUUUCUGGUAAGUCGAUGAAGAUUGAUCAUGAUGGUAUUCGUUAUCUGAAUUCGGCCACAAGUGAUCAGAAGACAUCACCACUUGCAAAUACUACUGUCAAACAGGAAGCGUUAUUCCAACAAUCAUUUCCAUCGCCAAAUAAUUUUGCGAAUACACCAAUGACUCCAGAAAGCGGCUUUUACGAUGAUUUUUAUACAUCAUCUCAGCAUUCAGCUCCUUCAAUGUAUUCCUGUUCAACUACCAGUGUGCCGUCGCAACAUCUGUUGAUACCUUGUACAAAAAUGAACCAUGUGGGUGAUGUAACUACUUCCUACAGCACUAGCAGUGGUAGCACAUCAUCGAUGAUGCAUCAUCACCAGAUCUCUGCAUAUUAUCGGCAGCCAUCAACUGGACAAUCACCAAUUGCCAUUCCUAACAACAGUGCAGUGAUCACUGAUCAAGAUGAACUACGUUCCAUGUCAAGCGGGUCAAGUAGUGGGUACGGAAGUGCAGGGACAGCCGUCGACACGGAAACAGCCACCAGUUCAGUACCCAUUACCGCCCAUGUAGUCAAUGUGCGUUCUCCCGUUUGUUCCAUGUCUUACUAUCCGUCAAGUAGACCAGGCACCAGCUCUGACCCAUUUGUCUCAAACGGUUCAGCACAACAACCAUCUGCGCCACCGCCACCAUCAUCAGAUGAUCCAAAUCAGUCGCAGCCUGAUGUUGAGUUGUUGCCAUCGAUCAGUGACUUUCAGUUUCCAACCGCGAUGAGCGGUUUGUGGAAUGCACCAGUCAGCACAGAUUUAUGGACUGCGGCAUCAAAUCAUCAACUUACGCGAACACCAACAGAUUAUGAUAUUUACUGCAAUCGCAUGUGA